UUUUUUUUUUCCUUUUGUAUACAAAUACCUAGUACAAUACAUAUAUAUAUUAUAUACAUAUACAAAAAAAAAAAAUAGAUUUAUUUUAUAUAUUUCCAUCAAUAUCAAUACACAUACACAACUAGAUAAUGAGUGGCCUUGAAAAAAAUCUAUUCCAAUUGAAGUUUACAGCCAAGCAGCUAAAUAAGCAAUCUAAACGGUGUCAAAAAGAUGAAGGACUUGAAAAAACCAAACUCAAAAAGGCUAUACAAGAUGGAAAUAUGGAAGGUGCUCGUAUAUAUGCAUCUAAUGCUAUUCGAAAGAAAAAUGAAGCUUUGAAUUUACUUCGAUUAUCCUCACGUAUUGAUGCAGUAGCAAGUCGUGUACAAACAGCAGUGACAAUGCGGAAGGUAACGGGAUCUAUGGCUAGUGUAGUCAAAGGGAUGGAUAAAGCAAUGGAAUCAAUGAAUCUAGAGAAAAUAUCAAUGGUGAUGGAUAAAUUCGAAUCACAAUUUGAAGAUCUUGAUGUACAGACAGAAUAUAUGGAAGGUGCGAUGGCAGGAACAACAACGAUGACAACCCCACAAAAUGAAGUAGAAACUUUAAUGCAACAAGUAGCUGAUGAACAUGGAUUGGAAAUGAAUCAAGAACUUGGACGAUUAGAACCUAGUUCUGUACUUGGUGAACAAAAGAAGAAAGAAAAGGAUGAAGAUGCUUUAUUGACAGAAAGGUUGAAAGCGUUACGACAAUAAUUAGGGUUAUAUAGUUUUUGUGUUAUAUAUAUUAGCUUAUAUUUUUUUUUUUAUGUGAAUAAAACUUUUGUCCAAUCAGAAAA